CGGAGUCUCAGUGUUUGUGUUGUGGCGUGAUGGUGAGCCAGUGGGCGACGGGACUUGAACCCUGUGAACACCUGACGAUGAACAGGGCUCGGCGGGGGUUUGAGGCGCCCUCGGGAGCUGAGUGGAGUAUCUGAGUGUCACCCGGGAGGCCAGUGUCACCCUUGGGAGGCCAGUGUCACCCUGGGAGCCGGGUGUCACCCUCUCCACACACACACACACACUUGUCACGCUGCCCCCUCGCCUCUAUCACUAACUAUACGAACUCGACGUAAGAGCCGAGUGUCACCUGGGAUUUAGAUGUCGCCUGGGAGCCGAGUGUCACCUGGGAACUAAGUGUCUCCUGGGGAGGCUAAGUGUCGGGUGCUGCGGUAGCCGUCGUCAGCGCUACACAAGCUGACUCUUGAAGGUGUUGGGUACCACCUCCUCCCUGCUGACCUCGCGAUGCUGACCUCGCGAUGCUGACCUCGCGAUGCUGACCUCGCGAUGCUGACCCUCUCCUAACACUUGCCCAACCCAUAUCGUAAAGGAUUAAGUGGCUAACGAUGUCUGCCUUUGAGAAUUUUGGUGGAGAAAAGAACCCUGAAGAUAUUCAAAGGGAAGGAAUUGCCUCUGAUAAUCAAGAUUGCAACAACUGUAAAAUACUCAAUAAGAAGCUCAGUGCGAGCCGGGAUUGGAACAAGUUCUAUCAGCAAAAACUUGAAAAUACAGACAAAUUUCUACAUAUUGUUGCUGACUAUGAAAGAGAAAGGCAGCAUAAUGUGGAACUACAGCUGGCAUAUGAUCAGCGGAGUCGGGAGACUUCCUACCUUCGAGAUUCGAUGGCUAACUUGCUACUUGAAGUGGAGCCACUUAGAGAGAAAUUGCGCAAAAUGGAGAAACAACUGGUGGAUGAGAAGCAAAAAAGGGAGAAUGCCGAGAAUCACGAACACAAUCUAUCCUUCACCAUUGAGCAGCAGAAGCAUCAGAUCUCAUCCCUGAAGGAGAAGGUUGAUACCAAUCUCAUUGAAAUUCUUGAGAAGAAACUGGCUACAGCACGUAGCGAGAUUAAGAGGUUGAAAAAUUCUGUUGAUGACAAGGCAUGUGAAAUAAGUGAGCUGAAGGAAUUCAUCAGUGACCGACGGCAGCACUUUGAGCGCAACAGCAAGAAGGUCCUAUGGAGUCUGAAGUUGGCAGAAACAUAUGGACUACUGCUAGAUGAAAGAGAUUGGUUACCAGGAGGCACAACAUCUGUUGAAUGGAAUCGACUAACGUCACUUUUGGAAGUGAGUGAAAGUGUUCUCUGCUCUCAAUAUGAAGAAUUUCGCAAGAAGGAAGAGAAAAGGUUGAGGAAAAAUCUGGUUGAAAUUGCUUCUUUACCUUCCUUAGAAAGUUGGCUAGAUGAUUUUGAUGCUGGCCUAAAUGAAUUGUAUGAAGAUUAUGACAUGAAAUCUUUUUCCAAAAGUGUUUUGGCCAAGGAAGCUUUACAGCUUGAUAAAUUGAUACAAGACAAUGAUGAGGACAAGGAGAUUAAUAAAGAAAUAGGAGACCUGCAGAAAGAUCUGGCAAAUUCAGGUGGUGUCAUCACAAGGAAGAUGGCCGCUGUUAAAGGGCCAGAAAAGAAGGUUGCUGUUAAAGCGCCAUUGGAGGUUAAAAUACCUGCACUUCCAGAAGAGAGAACCAAAGCAAAGCCUCAUGUGCAAAUUCAGGGAAAAAACAAAAAUGAAGAAAUGAUAAAGAGAUUACCAUCAAUUAUGGAUUCUGAGGAUGAUGACGAUGACGACGACAUAAGUUAUAAUAAAGCUGUCGUACAAAAGAGUGGGAAUGUAUUGAACUCAAAAACUCCUGAAAAGAAGUCUUUUUCAGUCCCAUCAAAACGCCAUGACACCACUUGCCUUAAUAAAACAAAAAAUAGCUCGUCUAAAAUGAACACUUUACAUAAAGUUAAAAAAAUUAAAUCUGAUACUGAUGACAGCGUGCCUGAGACUAAACAAAUUUUGUCAGUCAGUCCAACCCAAAGUUCUCCUCAGGCCCAUGGUGUAGAACGAACAUUGGAGAACAAGAAGCAUAACCACGACGUUUCAUGUGUGACUCAAGACGGUGACUACGUAAUUAACCAGAUUUUAGCCGACAUGAAACCACUUGCCAAGUUGGAUUGUUUGGAAAGUUCGUUUGUUUUGCAAGACUCGGACAGAUCAUUGCAUUCCGAAGAAAGCAAAAAUCAACCGACAGGAAAUGUAAAUAAAAAACAUAACACAAAGGUUGAUAUAUUGAAUGAUGAUGAUAUAUUUGGCCCCAUUAGUGAUUCUGAUGACGAGUGUGAGCCACCGCCCAAGAAAAUAGUAUCGCGGGUAUCUGAAGGAUUUUCAGUUACUGCCAUAACUCGGGAGGGAGCAGACAGUAUGCUAGACGAUUUGGGAAUUUCAGAUUCUGACGAAUCCAACGAAGAAGAAACAUUGGAAACUAAUAAGAGCACUCAUUUACUUCAAAGAUUUCGAGGUUCACAAAGCUUUUCCAUUGAUAAUGAAGAUGGUCAAGACUGGCACAGCAGCACUACAGAUGAUCGUGAUGACGGUAAAGACAAGAAAUUAGAUUUGGUGGAACCUUUGACUAAGAGUCUGAAUAAGUCUUCCAGGGACCUGUUGGUUGUCCCAGCUGGGAAGGAUUUUUCAAGUGCUCAGUCUGAGGUCUUUUCUGACAGCAAUAAAAAGAUUGCUGAAUCAGAAAGCACUUGUAUGAACACUCUCUCCAGUAAGGACCAAUGUGCAGCGCACUCUAGUGGUGGUGGUGGUGGUGGUGGUGGUGGUGGUGAUGGUGGUGGUGAUCUCAUAUCACACACUAGUAGUGAUGAUCAUCACACAACACUAACUAGUCAAGAUCAAAGUAUAACACAUUCUAGUGACAACCAAAGUUUAGCACACACUAGUAAUUACCUAAGUACAACACAUUCUGGCAAUGAUGAAAGUAUAUCUCUCAGCGCUAAUGACCAAAGUACGUCACACACUACUAAUGACACAAGUAUGUCGGACAAUAUUGAUGAUCAAAGUUCAUCUUGCUCUAGUAAUACUCAAAGAAUAACACACACUAGAAGUAACCAGAGUAGAUCGCAGAAGCUCGGUCAUUCGGAAAAUAGUCACCCGAAAACCAACGAGUGUAAUCUUCAAGACUUAGGCCAUGUGUACAAUGCUGUGAAUGACACAAGUGACGUUGUUGAUGCAGCCGAAACACCUAUUAAGGAAACUAAAGUUAUAGUUGAGGAACACGAUCAACACUUGAACUCUUUCAAUUCUGCCGAUGAAGUUUCGACACGAAAAGAGAAAUCUGUUGAUAAUUUAGAGACUGAUCAGAAAUUAGUGUGUGAAAAUGGUAGCAGUUCAUACCGUAGCAUUGAGGACAUUAAAUUGGCCUAUAAACAACUGCUUGAUCAAAAUAGACAAGUAAUGAGUAAAACAGAAACUCGGGAAGAAAUGAGUGACCUGAGAAAUAACCUGGGAGGUCGUGGUCUAACCGGCAGUAAAAAUAAUGUAAUGAAUACAUCUGAGCAUCAAGUUAGUGUGACCAGUACAGACAUUGUUCCAUCAAAUACACAAGUUGAAAAAAUUUAUGAAAAUGGUAUAGCACCUUUAUCUAGCACAGGAGACAAUGAUAGCCGGGAAGGUGUAUACACAGGUGAUGAAGAACAUGGAAGACCUGCUAAUAAUAAAUUUAAUACAAAAAACAAAGAUUUUGGCAAUGGCCAACACACAAGCGAAAAAGUAAGUUGUAUUAAGGGUUUGGACACAAUUAUGGUGAAGCAAGACAAAAUUAAAUCGGGAGAUAUUGUGUUAAAUACCAAUGGCAAAAACAGUAAGCAUUCUAUUCAAGACACAGAUACUGUUAAUAAAAAUAAGUGGAGCCGUAAGGAAAAAGUGGCAUUUGUCAAGAAAAGCCCUAUCAAUAUUCCCGUUCCUUACUCGGAUAGUCGUGGUCACCAGGUGAAUGGUCAACGUGCAGAGGUGAACAGUCAAGGAGAGGAUACAAACAGAUUGUGUGUAGAUGUAAACAACCAGAAUGUAAAUAUUCUUAAGCAACUGAUUUCACCUUUAUCACCUGUCUCGCCGUCAAAGCGACCUAAAUCUUGGCUUCCGUCACUACCUGCAAAAGCAGGUAAAUUGCCUCGUAAAUCUUUGUUUUCUGAAGAUGCAGUCAAUUGUGAUGUAAAUAGAGUAGAUUCCAGCGAUCAGGUGAAGAUGGAUUGUGAUGCCAGCAAUCUGUUGAAGAUGGAGCAUGAGGUAAGAGAUCAGAUGAGGAUUAAUCAUAACAAUAGAGAUGAAGCCAGGCUGGAUCUUCCGACUUUAGUUGAAGACCCAUCUAUACCCCCAGCCACUCAAGUGGACAGUGUAUCCAAUACCCAAAAAGAUGGAACAAAUGUCAAACAUAGCGGUGGUGUUAGACCUAGUGCAAAGGAAAAACAAAAGUCAGAGCAAAAUAAACCCCAAAAUGUAUCUGGCAAUGAAGAAACCUUGGAUGUUUUGCAUAAAGCUUGCAUCUUUGAAGCAGGUAUAAGUAGACAUGAAAAAGAAGAAAGGGACAGUGUAAAUAAAGAAAAGACCACUGAAGACACAAAAUUGAAUGGCAUGAAAACUAGCAACACUAUAGUGAAGGACAAAGGUAACCCAGAGGUUAACUGUACUGUCAACCUCUGUAAUGAUGAUAACACAACAGAAAAUGACUGCAAUAAUGAGGCAACAAAAAAUGACCACACUAACGAGGCAACAGAAAAGGACUGCACUAACAAGGCAACAGAAAAUGAUAGCACUAACGAGACAACAGAAAAUGAUAGCACUAACGAGACAACAGAAAAUGAUAGCACUAACAAGGCAACAGAAAAUGAUAGCACUAACGAGACAACAGAAAAUGAUAGCACUAACAAGGCAACAGAAAAUGAUAGCACUAACGAGGCAACAGAAAAGGACUCCACUAACGAGGCAACAGAAAAUGAUAGCACUAACAAGGCAACAGAAGAUGACAGCAAAAACAAGGCAACAGAAGAUGACUGCGCUAACAAGCCAACAGAAAAUGAUAGCACUAACAAGCCAACAGAAAAUGAUAGCACUAACAAGGCAACAGAAAAUGACUGCACUAACACGGCAACAGAAGAUGACUGCACUAACAAGGCAACAGAAGAUGACUGCACUAACAAGGCAACAGAAGAUGACUGCACUAACACGGCAACAGAAGAUGACUGCACUAACAAGGCAACAGAAGAUGACUGCACUAACACGGCAACAGAAGAUGACUGCACUAACACGGCAACAGAAGAUUACUGCACUAACAAGGCAACAGAAGAUGACUGCACUAACACGGCAACAGAAGAUGACUGCACUAACAAGGCAACAGAUGACUGCACUAACAAGGCAACAGAAGAUGACAGCAAAAACAAGGCAACAGAAGAUGACAGCAAAAACAAGGCAACAGAAAAUGACUGCACUAACACGGCAACAGAAGAUGACUGCACUAACAAGGCAACAGAAGAUGACUGCACUAACAAGGCAACAGAAGAUGACUGCACCAACAAGGCAACAGAAAAUGAUAGUACUAACAAGGCAACAGAAAAUGAUAGCACUAACAAGGCAACAGAGAAUGAUAACACUAACAAGGCAACAGAAGAUGACUGCACAAAUGCGGCAACAGAAAAUGACAGCAAAAACAGGUCAACAAACGAGGUAAACUUACAGAAUGGUAUACCCGACACAGGGCCUGGAAGUGACAAGAAAAGUUCCAUUUGUUUGGCAAGGAAAACGAUUAAUUAUAACUCGAAUGAUACUGCUAAUGGUCAUGAGGAGAUUAAGGAUGGUUCUGCAGCUGAAUUGACAUGUGUGUCUAGUGACCUAAGUAUAGAUAAGAAAAGGAAACAUCUAAGAUCUAAGUCUUUGAGUCUCGUUUCCGAGAGAAAAUAUGGUCUCAGAAGUUGUGCUAGUGCUGACAGAGAAAAUAAAUCUUCCUCUCCCAUAAAGAACAAAUCUUCCUCUCUCAUAAAGCCCAAAUCUUCCUCUCCCAUAAAGAACAAAUCUUCCUCUCCCAUAAAGCCCAAAUCGUCGACUCCCAUAAAGCCCAAAUCUUCCUCUCCCAUAAAGAACAAGUUAAAACGGGAGCUCUUGGCCAGUGAUACAAAUGACUGUAGCAACAAGAAAAUGCCAAGUAAGUCGACAAAUGUGGCAAAGAAAUCUAAAACAUUUGAGACUGAACAUGAUGAAUCAUUUUCUGGGAGUGUUGAAGCCAUUACCGAGAAUGAGAGUGAAGUGGAUGACGCGGCAGAAAGGCGGCGGCGCCAAAGGAGCAGCUGCAGAAUUGCAGAAUUGGAGAAGAAGAAGUUAAUUAAUCAAGAAAAGAUGAAUGAAAUAUUCCAAACUGGUAAAAGGAAGAGUGGAAAAUUCUGUGUAAAUCAUAAUAUUGUUGAAUCUUCUGCACCAAGUACUGAAAAUGGUUAUGAAGCCAUGUCCCUUUGUGAUGAAGAUCAGCUUGUUCAAGACAAUUCUCAACCUAAGCCGAAUAAUACUGAAGAAAUGUCGCUGGCAAUAGACUUGGCCAAGACCGAAGAUCAGACACUUGAGGAACCUUCACAGACAACCACUAUUCAGUCAAAGAAGGUAACGUUUUGUUGGGGACCAAAAUUACAAGCUCCUGCUAUAGUUCCUGUAAGGAAAAAAGUUAGAUUCUUUUUGAAAAAGAAACUCAGAAAUUUUAUUCCUGAUUUGUAUGGCAGCCAUACUCUUGCUGUGUUUUCGCUAGAAAAUAGAAUUUGGAAACAGAAAAGAAUAAAGUAUUCAGAGGUGGAAAAUGAAGAGGCAGAGAAGACAGAUGAUAAAGUAUCAGGGGACUCCUUUGUAGAUGAUUGCAGUGGCACAAAAACAGAACUCGGUAAUUGUAGAAGCAUAAAGAGAGAAGUUGAUGAUAGACUCGUGGAAAGACCGUGUAAUAAUUUUGAAGCCAUGAGUAACGAAGUUGUUGAUAGAAUAAUUAAAGGACUGCAUAAUAAUUCUGAAGCCAUUAGUAGAGAAGUUGAUGAUAGAAUCAUGAAAAGACCGUGUAAUAAUUCUGAAGCCAUGAGUAGAGAAGUUGAUGAUAGACUCGUGAAAAGACUGUGUAAUAAUUCUGAAGCCUUGAGUAGAAAAGUUGAUGAUAGACUCAUGAAAAGACCAUGUAAUAAUUCUGAAGCCAUGAGGAGAGAAGAUAAAGAAAUGAGUUGUUCUGUUACAGAUAAAAACAGUCAACCUAUGUUAAGCAAAACGUCAGUAAAAAAAAUUGUAGACAAAGAGUUGAUACUUACUUCCAAUGAUGAAUCACAUAAGAGAACUACAAGGAGUAAUAAAAUUCCAGAUUUAUUUAAAUCAAAAAAAGGGCUCUCGCGAACAUCCUUAUUUGGAAGUGACAGUAGUUGUGGCUCAAGUUCUAGUAGUUGUCCGGAAGAGUCGUCGCCAGUUGAAAAACGAAAAUGCAAGAGAAGAAAAAGAGUAAAUGCAACCUCAAGCAUGAAAGUGAAAAAUAAUCAGAUGUCAGAUGAAUCCAGUAAAAGGAAAAAUGAUAGCCAGUCAGAAAUAAGCUCUCUAGAAAUGUUUUCCAGUGACUCGGACACCUGCAAAAAAGUAAAGAAUUUACAACCCAAAAGUAGUAACCAGUCAGUUGUUAAGAAGUCUAACAUUAGUAGACGAAAAAGAUGUGAAAUCGCCAAGAACAUUGCUUCUAAGUUGGUUCCAAGUGCUUCUGAAGAGGAUACCGAUGAUGAAAAAUUAACACCAGAGGAAUGGAAGUAUCAUUUAGGGAUUUCUGAUAAUGAUUCAUUCUCAUCUUUUGAAGGUUUUAAUAAAACACAAGUUAAACAUGUGGCAAGUGACUCUGAUGAUUCAGAAAUAGAGUCAUCUCGUGUUUUCUCCAAAAGGAGAAAAUUGACUGCUUUAAAGAAGACUGAACCCCAUAGAAUUUCAAAUAAUAUAACGCCUAAAACUGGACAAAGCAAAAACACGGGAAUAAAGGUGUGUUCUAAAGAAUUAAGUAAUGUUCAUUCAAAACAAAACAAUCACGUAGGGACAAUGUCCCUAAGGCGCAAGCGCCCGUCGAGUUCUGGUGAUGGUUUAGACACUGCUCCCGAGUCCAAUAUUUCUGUAGGAAGUGGAGAAGGAAGCAAUGGUGACACUACAGAAAAGAUUGUAAAGUACCGUAGAACAUGUGACAGGAGUUCUGUUCAAAUUAACAAUAAUAGUACUCGGGGUCUUCCUGCUCAUUCAAAAGAAAGUGCAUUUCAAAUUGCAUCAAGGUUAAAGGCAGCUCAUAUGAGGACACAGGUAAAGAAACGUACAACAAUCCUUCUAAAUGAAUUUCCAGAAAGCUCGGAAAAACAACAAAGAAAGAAGAGUUUGACAAAUGUGUCAAAACUACCUGAAAAACACAAGUGGGCUCAUGAUGCUUCUCCUGAGAAACACGAAGAGGAAGUAAUGGCAACGUCUGAGGAGCAUGAAUGGGGUCACAAUGCAAUUUUGGAGGAACGUGGAAGUCGCGUUUCAAUUUCUGAGGAAUGUAAUGAUCAGGUUUCAACUCCCAAGGAACAUGGAGAUCACAUUUCAUCUCCUGAGGAACAUGAACACACAGCAUUACCUGGGAAGCAUGAAGUAGAUAACGAAACGUCUCGGAAACGGGUGGACCAAGGAGAAGCACUUGAAAGACCUGCUUAUUCUUUAGAGAAGAAACACAGGGACAGUGUGUUGCCUAAGCUACUUACUAGUGAUAGUGAUGACAGUGAAGGGACACUACAGAUCGAUGACCCCAAUGAUAAAUGUUUUUCUAAUAAUGAGAGUAUGCAACAUAAAAAUAAGUUGAGGUGGAGUUCCCAGGAUAGAAACAAAGUUGUUGAGGAAGGCACUACUCUUAUUAAGAAGGAAACAGUAAAUGCAUCACACCCUGGUAUAUUGGGUUCUCUUGCGAGACUGGGAACUCUGGAUAGACCAAGAGUUGUGCCAAAGCCCAAACCAGUACCGACAUCUCAACCCCCACCCUCCUGUAAACCCAUACCAGCAUCUUCUGGGUUUGUUGAUGGCCUUUUCUCAAAGAAAAGCGAUUGUUUUAAAUUGGAUGUCUCAAAUGAUAAUAUACCCAAAGAAGGUAACAAAAGUGAUAAUGUUAGGACAUCAAACUAUCAAAAUAAGCCCAUACUUAAUACUUUUAAUUGUUCAACAAGAGCAGUCAGUUAUGCAGAAAGAAAAGAAUACCCUAGGCAGUCUGAUUCCAAAACAUUUCAGACCUCGUUAAGUGGACCAUCUUGUAGUUGGUAUACAAACAGAGCAGGUAGUGUAGAUGUUCAGCCACCAAGUUUCUAUAGCAGUUCAAAUGCUUUGAAAAGUGAACCUUCUAGCACACUUGGCAGUCAAAAAUGCUUGCCAAACUGUCAAGUUGAAGAGCAGUCGACACCCUUACCACAGCAAGCAUCAUUUUCAACUGGCAAGUUUGAAGAAAUAGAGAGUGCAGCUGAACAGCAAGAGCAGUGUGCACGCAUUGAAUCGACCACAGCUGUGCCGGUACCACCGCUGCUUGAAGAACAAGAUGGCAACUAUUUGGAAGAUCUUAAAGACCUGAUUUCUUGCAAUAUUCAUAGUAAACCGUGGCGUACACAAAUGAAUAAUCUUUGUCAAUCACUCCAAGCUACUCAACUUGUGGCUUUACUAAGGAAUGUAGUAGAGUGUAUCCUUGAAGGUGAUCCAGAGGAGUACACUGACAGACCAAUGGGCCUUCCCCCAACACUCUUCAAGUUGUUUCAAGUAGUGUGUAUUCUGGAACUGCGGCUGGAGCUCCCCCAGUUCUAUCUUAGGCAAAUGAUUAAGAGGAUCAUUCACAACCUUAUUAGUAAACCAUCUGUUGAUCUCCAGCCACGGAGCUUAGCAUGUUUGUCUGCGUGGUUUGCAGCAACUGUGACAGUACCAGACAGCAGAGGCGUUCAGCAGUGGGAGUUGGUUCGCACGUUUUUGUUAGAUCUGCUCUUCCACCACCCUGGGAAAGUCCAUCUUGCUCUUCUGUCAGCAGCUCACAUCAGCCGAAAAUUGUUUUAUUAUGGGAUCAAGCACAGAGAUUAUACUGGUAUAGAGAAAGUUAUCUUGUGGGUGUCCUAUCAUGGGGAGUGGAUUGGUUGCGAUAAUGUCCGGCGGAAGCUUAUCGAAUGGUUGGAACAGCACUGUAGUAUUCGAAAACAUCCGCCGAAACAACCUUCACGUUUGGCUCAUGAACUACUGACACAACUAGCAGACACUAGUGACAAGGCUCUGAUGAUGAACUCGGUGACCAGCAUUGUUGUGCUGGCCAGGUGGCUCGGGAGGGUGGACACACGCAAGUUUGUCCUGAUUCCUCUCAAGAAAAUUAUAUCUAACAAAACCCAACAUGACAAAAAAUCUGUCAAUCAAGACGACGACGAAUACAUGAGGGCAGACACUGAAGAUUCUGAAAGUCUAACGCAAGAAAUCAUCCAAGAAAUUGCUCUCUUGUUCAGUCAUCUGGGUAAGGCUUUGAAGACUGAAUGUGAAGUAGAGCCAGGUGCUAAAGGCCAAGACAGUCAACAAGGUGACGUUGUUAUGGCGUUGAACGAAGGUGUGUUGCAGCUGCUGCGAGUCACCUAUAAGCCUUCACCCACUAUACCCUAAAUGUUUGCUUAAGGGUGCAUUUUCUAGUUCAUUAAAUUAAGAAGAGAUUGCCUUCUUUGUAGCAAUCAUAGUAGAUGCCAAAUUGUUUCAUACAACACUUUUGUGUGUGUGUUAUGUAUGGUAAUACAGUACCUUUUUUAUUCUUACAAAAGUUGUGUAAAUAGAGUAAUGAGAGAGAAGUCCCUAGUGGUUAAAAUCCUGCUGUGAUACACCACCUUUAACAUUUGCAGUAAUAGUAAUAUUUUCCUAGUGGUAAGAAGUGCAAUGGAAAAAACCACAUGCUCCAUUUUUUUAAUACAUGUGUGUAAAUGAGUGAAAGCCAGUAAUACCUCUACUGCCUUCAGGUGGUAAUUUUUAUCCCAUCGUUGCCAUUUUUUAUAUGAAGAAAUGCCAUAGAGCAUGUUCCAUGGGCUGCUGGCAAGUCUUGACUCAAGAAUUGCCAUAUGAUAGAAUGUGCACGUGGUGUGUGUGUGUACACGUCAGUCUAAGUUUACAGUGUAUGCUAUUCAGAAAAAUGCCAAGGAUGUACAAAUCUGUUAGGUAUGACCUCGGGUUCUCCUUGAUUUAAUCACUUAAAUUGCACUUUUUGACUUAUCUGUGAUAUUUUAAACUUAAGAAUAUUUUACUUAUAUUUUAAUUAUAGUACUACAGUACAGUACUGUAAUAAAAUUCUAUGAUCAAGUCAUUUAUACAAUGAUCAGACUAUGUUAAUACCUUGUCUUUUAUUUAAUUUUUUUUUUUUUUUUUAAUAUUUUAAUUAAUGUAACUAAUAAAACUGUACAUUUAGAGAUGCCAGGGUCCUUUCUGUGAGUAUUGCAUGUCUGCCAUUUCCAUGUCAGUGACAGAUGACACAUCAAUGCCCCAUCAGUUCUCAAAAUUGUCAUUUGUCAGUCGUAUGGGGAAUUAAAGAUAGUGAAGAUGUAUAGGCCUAAGAUGAGGACAAGGAUUGCCUUCAACAGGUAUGCAGACAAUUACCAUUUUCAAUUUUUUAAAGUAGCUGAAAUAAAAAAAAAAGGCAAAUUGAGGUAAUUUAUACAUUUUAUUGUAAAAGCUUCACCAUUUACCUAUUUUAUAGUCAACACUAGUUGUGUGUCAGUGCUGACCUUCUGUACUUGAUGGUAGAGUGCUGACAGUUCAGCAUUGAUGGUAUUCAGGGAGUACAGUGGGAAAUUAUAAGUAAAAAUUUAGUUCGGAAAUUCUUGGAGCGAUAGUAUUGGAAAUUCAGGUAGCAAUAUGUCGGCACCGGUGUGUUAAGCUAGUGCAAGUUCUACCUCAUGGCAAAAUGCGAGUUUUGUUGGCGAUACGGUGCAAAAAAAUUGAAUGAUUUUGUUGUGGGGAAAUUCAAAUAGUUUGAAUCUAUUUGAUAUGGUGCCCUCUGCUAGCCCCAAAUGAUUAAGUUUUCCAACUUUUAUGCUCUACAUAAAUGUUCCCCCUUAUGUUAGCUUCUCGGAGUAUUUUACAUUAUGGUUUUUCUACAUCUCGAAAUAAAUUCCCACCAAGAUGGCCACUUUAUGAGCCUAACAUUUUGCAUAAGUGAUUAACUUUAAUUCGCUUUAGUUUUCCCGGACAAUUUUUGCUCAAAUAUGGGUAACAAGGGGGACGAAUAACCCAUCACUACUGCAACAUACUCAUACACGUUACAGUUUGGUUAGCGUGGUGCAUCUGCAUUUGUUUUUGUUUUAUAAUAUCUUCUUUAUACAUGAAUGUUUGCAUUUUGGUUGCACACAAGCAUUUGUAUGCCUGUUAAGUCAUUGUUCCUGUUCCAAUAUCUUAUAUAGUAUCUUGUCCAGUAUAACAGAUAAGUGAGGAUCCUCAUUUUACUGUAUGUCCACAAUAGUUGAGUUUUAUAAUUAAAUUCCCCUUGGCAGGUAAGACUUGAGAAUUUACCCUUUCAGUACAAUUAAUGGAGCAAGCUUAUGUGAAGGAAUAUUUGUAAAUACUGUACCUAUAUAUGUGUAUAUAUUUUUAUGAAUGUAGGAAUGAAGUGUUGAUGCUGGUGAGAAUGUAAUCCUUGUUACCUAUGGCCUUAAUGGAGUCUACUACUUCUUGCCUUCACUCUAUUGAAUAGCAAGAAAACUACCAAAUAGGAUACUGUAUGUAUUAGAUAUGUACUAAAUUUUAUAGUUUUAUUCAACAAAUUUCAAUACAGUAUAGGCCCCCAGCUUCAGUUGUCAUUACAGUGCUAUGUGGUUAAUUAUUUUUCUCUUUUUGAUUUUAUAAUAAAGAUUUGAUGUUCUGAAA